AUGGAAGUACCGGGCUGGUUCUCCGUUCUCCGCCCGGGGGGAACUCUGGACCUUCGACUGGUUUAUCUCGAACUCGUUGCCCACUCUCGUGAGGGAGGGACUACUGCCUCCCUGGUUCAACUAGUCCCGUCCGGGGCCUCGACCGACGAUUGUCCCUGCCUGACUAUUCUCGUCUCCAUUCGCUUUCCCCCUCCCUCCUCUCAUCCCUUCGUGAUCACUCUCCUUUCCUAUCUACCUUUUCACUACCUUCAACCACCCAUUAACCCCCCACCCACAACGACUAAUUCUCCUCCUCCUCCUCGUCUUCUCCUCUCCUCUCCUCUCUACCCGGAACCUUGCGCCACACUCCCAAGACCCACAUUCCAUCUCCUGUCGCGCCUCGAACCUCGACCUUGCCCUCGUGCGAUCCUCGACCGUCUCGCCCUUCACGCCACGACUCGCAUUCUGGUUCUCCCUCCCCGCUCGCCCAAACACGAUCCCAAUCCCAAUCCGUUCCGCGACUUUUUGGGCUCCGUCGACCUCCCACGCGCGUACCUAGCGGGGGUGACUCUCGACCCCCGGCUCUGCGCUUCGUCGCCGCGAAACAAUGUGGCCCGCGGGCUCUUGGUCAUAAUUCCCAUUCCGCUCUUUGGACCUGGGGAAUCUCUUGCGUGCCGUGGACACGGACACAUACCGUGGCGUUUGGAAUCGGACCGUGCCCUUGUACAGUAG